AACUCGAAAUGGGAGAAUUGCCUUAAAUUAAAUUUCAUUUUUUGGGGAACUUAAUGAUUCUUUAGUCAUGAUUUAACGACCCGAAAUCAAAACCCACACAUUUAAUUCUCACUCGUAUAUGUGAAAAUCUAUAGCAAGAUCUAUUAUUUUGGUUCAUACAUGAACCGAUUGCACGGUCUAUUUCAUGAUGUACAUAUCGCACUCACAUGUGCUAACACAAKGAAACAGCUUGACGCGAAGAGUACAAAGUUGCCUUACUCGUCACCAUGGGGAUUUCUGUCUUUGUUUUUUUCUGAAAUAAAACAACACAAGCUCUGAAUUUCAUUUUUUCUUAAUCUUUGCAUAAGCUGUCACGGAAAGUUCAUCCGUAGCUUUUAAAUGUUUUGAACAGUGGUCCACACCAUACAUUUCUAGAUUUAUCCGAAUCCAAAUACCAGAAAAAAGCCGCUGAUAUUUCGCGCCAAAUAUCCCCUCAAUAUGGUGGAAGAAAUAAAGAUUGAYGCAGAAAAUUUUCCAUCUUACACGACAGUUCAUGGUAUAAAGUUUGCUGUGCGAGGAAACCAUCCAGUCCGUCGAGUUUUGUGGACUUUAACAAUCUUGUUAACUSUAGCAGCUUUAUUGAGACAGUUUUAUGUUAGCAUAGAAAAAGUCUCCAAGAAAGAUUCUACAAUCACUACGACAGUACGACAGGAUAAUGUGAUCAAAUUUCCUGCAGUAUCUUUCUGCAACAUGAACAUGAUGAAAAAGAGUAAAAUCAUUAGUACUGAUUCACAAGUUUACUUGGAUAAGAUGGAUUUUUUUCGAACGCCAGAUGCAAAUCAAAGUUUUWCUACUUCGAUUUUCGAUAUACAAGAAGCAGUCCGUCAAAAUGGGMACGAGUUGAAGGAUAUGAUUAUAAAUUGUUUUUGGGGAUCUGAAAAAUGUACUGAAAAAAACUUCACAGUGUUUUAUUCCUUCCACAGAGGACUUUGCUACACAUUCAACUCUGGAAAACCAGGUCACCCUUUGCAAUACGCCCAAGGGCCUGGUCUAGAAAAUGGCUUAAUUCUUACACUGGAUGCUGAAGUUGAUGAGUAUUACGGGAUGUUCAGCUAUAGAGGAGCUGGUUUUCAGGUUCUCGUCCAUGAUCAGGACGACUACCCAGGCAUAGAAAUGAACGGUUUUGAAUUAUCUGCUGGAUUCAAGCUUUCUUACUCCAUGAARAAAGAAAAGUUUAUUGGUUUACCGCUUCCAAAAUGUCACGAGAAGAAGAGCCAAUCGUCUGCCAACAACGUUUAUUCUCAGAGUAGUUGCUUAACGAAAUGUAAAAUGGUGAAACUUAAGAAAGCAUGUGAAUGUAKAAUAUUUUCAGCGCCAGAAAUUGAAGAACUUUCAGGAUUGCCACCGUGCAACUUUGCGAACGAUAAAGACCAAGCGUGUGUGCUUAAAUUUUUCCAAGCAUCUAGGAAYCUUGAAUGCAAGUGUCCUUUACCAUGCACCAGAGAAAUGUACAGAGGACAUUCCAUGGUGUCGACGUAUCCUUCUCCCCACUUCUGGACCACCUAUGAAGAGAAUAAAAAAAAGGGCCAGUUAAACAAGAUGAUGGCCAAAUUUGAUGGCCUGAAUAAAGAUUCGCUGACUCAACUUGAGAUCUUCUACUCAAGUCCUGAAGAAAAAAUAAUGGAAGAGAUUCUUGUUUAUGAUUAUGACGACCUGAUCUCUGAUUUCGGUGGUUUUCUCGGAUUGUUUCUUGGAUGCAGCUGUCUGACAUUAUGUGAAUUUAUUGAUUUUUUUAUCACCUGGUGCCGAAGAAGACUCCACAAAGAUCGCAUCACCGUGAUUGGUUGAAUAUGCCAUUCAGUAUUUGCUUUCUCACCGGGCCCGCGUUCCUCCUUAUCAGCGCCAAACUGGAACCAUUUCGAGGUUGAGAACGAAAUAGACGCCAUCUUAGAAAUCUGUCUUCURAAACAGCCCCACAAUGCACUGGUAUACGAACUAGAUCCAGUUUUGUCCUUAACCUCCGAAUGACAUUAUAUUCUGUGGUUUUCAUACAUUUGUAGGUGUAUUAAUAUAUAUCUACCAAA